AUGCUCUCGCUGGAGUGCCCAACAGACGGUGUUCUGAGAGUGAUCAUUCCUCCGAACGCCAAGCGGCAAGUCAUAGGCCGAAUGAGGGCCGCUGUUUCGGAGCACUACAUGUCCGCGUUUAUCGCGAAUCCGGAACAGGGCAAAAUCUUUGGCGCGACUUCUCGUCAUGGAACGAGCAAUCACUUCAUACGGACAGGUCAGUACCGUUUCACCGACUGGCGCUUUGUGCAUCGCGCACGCCUCGACGUGCUUCCCAUAAAUGGGGUGCCUCGAUGGGGCGAAGGUGACCGGAGAUGCCUGCGGUGCGGGUACCAAUUGGAGAUGUUGCCCCACAUGCUUUGUCUCUGCGGCCCCCAAGCGGCCUUUUGGCAAUUACGCCACAAUGCUUUUUUCGAGAAGCUUGAAGCGGCCUCCAGGCUACCCGGGGAAUCGUGGAUUAACACCCACGCACUGCGUCCCGCGCCUCGGCGAAGAACUGCGGGCAUUGCGUCCUGGAUCGACAAAAUCCACAUAUAUCAGCCGCUUGCGGAGACAUUGAGAAGACGCGGGUACAUCGUUAACGUCCAGGGCUUCGUCGUGGGCGCCGUGGGCGUCUGA